AUGGACUGCUGGCGUUGGCCGCGGAGUAAACGUCACGACGACCGGGAGCCGCUGGAAGAGGUUGACCCGCUCCAGGCCCUGCUGGAGCUGGAGGAGGACUCGUAUUUCCACGGGCGGCUGGACCGCAUGUCUGCGGAACCACUCAAGUCGUUCCGACAUUUCCCCCUCAACGAACAACCGACGCUAGUACUACAUACUACCUCACUCAACUGCUGUUUGCCAGCCACAGAUGCUACCGACAAGCUGGAAAAAAAAUUCCAGCUUCCUCAGGAAGGUUCAAGGUUGGAUCAUGCAAGCGCACUAGAUUCAUAUCCAUCAGGUGUUCUCACAAAAACAAAACACCUCGUAGACUGGUUUUCCAGAUAUGAUGAGAGGUCGCUGUGUGGUGUUUCGCAGGCCCUGCUGGAGCUGGAGGAGGACUCGUAUUUCCACGGGCGCCUGGACCGCAAGUCCGCAGAACCACUGCUGCGGCGGGACGGAGACUUCCUGGUGCGGGAGACGCUCUUACUGGGUGUCUGGCAGCUGGCGCUGUCCGUGCGCUGGAGGGGCCAGCACCGCCACUUCGUCAUCCAGACGACUCCAGAGGGCUGGUUGUCCACCGGCGGCCGGAGCUUCCGCACUGUGCAGGACUUGGUGUCUUACCACUUGAAGUUGUCGGUGCCGCUGGACGACCAGUGGGGCGCCGUGCUGAGGAGGCCCGUGUCUGCGUGGCUGCUCAGCAAGGCGGACCUCGACAUCGGGCACACCCUUGGCAAGGGUCAGUUCGGUGAAGUGCGCCUGGCCGUGCUGCGCAACACCGGUAAGCAGGUGGCGGUGAAGAAGUGCCUGAGGGACGGCGAUGUGACGCUGGGGCAGCAGAGGGCGCUGCUGGAGGAGGGCCGGCUGAUGCGCAGGUACCAGCACCCCAAUGUGGUGCGCUUCAUUGGCUUCUGCCUGGACGCCCGCUCCCCCAUGGUCAUCUUGGAGUAUGUGAAAGAUGGACAGCUCCGUCAGUACCUUCGCAAGAAUGGCAGGUCGCUGCUUCCUCACCAGCUGGUCGCCAUGUGCCGUGACGUGGCACACGGUAUGUGCUACCUCGAGUCCAUGAACUGCGUGCACAGGGACCUCGCUGCCAGGAACUGCCUCAAAGGUGACGUAGUGAAGAUAUCCGAUUUUGGAUUGUCACGCGAGGUGGAGCAGUAUUACCGGAGCGUCAACCAGAUGAACCUGCCACUAAAGUGGAUGGCGCCAGAAUCAGUGUACGAAGGUCAGUAA